AUGGCUUCAGAGUCCCCCCAGAUGGAAAGGACGCCGCCGCAGACAGAUGCCGGGGAUCAGGCCAUUGGAACAUCUGAGUCUAACAAGCGGAAGGCGGAACAAGGCAACGGAACGCAGACGCGCACAAAGCGGAAUCGCUACAUCUCCAUUGCAUGCGAAUACCGAUCGUUGACAGAUCAGAUCACCGCUUUACAGGAUCAGGUUAACAGCCUGUUCACCAAUAUCAAUUCUAUUCGUACCCAACGACCUACAUUCGAGACACCAUCCUUUGAUUCUCUAUCAAGGGAUGGAUCUCAGCCCGUGUUCACGCCUAUGCCACCUGGGCUGCCAAAGCCUCGGGCCCGGCAUCCCCGUUUUCACGGCCCAACAAGUUCGGCAUUUAACUUUGAUGUGGCUAAAUCCAGCUUACAGAAUAUGGGCAUCACCCCUGCAGAAGAUGGAAUCCCCGAUGACCUGACUACUGCGCAUGUCACCCCAGCGGGCUCGCCUCCUCACCUGGGGCAGUUGCUCUCAACUGUACACCCAACUAAAGAUCCUCUUUGGACGAUUGGACGCGAUGAAGCAAUGCGUCUUUGUAAAGUCUACGAGGAAGAGAUUGGGAUUAUGUAUCCUGUGGUGGAUAUUGCUACCGUUACCAGUCAAGCCAAUCUACUGUAUACAUUCAUUGAGGCUGCUACCCGAACAGGAUUUGCACAAAGGGGUCUUCCAGGCUCUGAUGGUCUUCAGGAUGAGGCUACGGUUCUCUUGAAAUUGAUUCUUGCUACCACCCUGGUCGUGGAAGGAGGUGGUGAAAGCGAGCUUGGCCACCGACUUUACCUGAAUGUGAAACCGGUCAUAGAAUCCAAGAUGUGGGAGCCUCACAGCGUCAAAACGAUUCAAUUGUUUGCCAUUGUGGCAACAUAUCAUUUCCACACAGAUGACGAUGCCAUGGCCUAUCGAGUCAUCGGGUUGGCAGCGCGGAUGUGUCUUGAAAUGGGACUUCAUCGUCGGGAUGCUUUGGUCAAAUCGUUCCCCAACGAGGAUCACUGGAACGAAGUUACUCGACUAUUCUGGUCGGUCUAUAGCUUGGAUCGACGAUGGAGCUUAGGGACGGGACUGCCUUUUGUAAUUCAGGAUGAAGAUAUUGAUCCUAAUCUACCAGAACCGGAUGCAUCACUACCCUACUUACGUUGUAUGAUUCUUUACAACCGAAUCAGCUCUAAAAUCUGGUACUCUGGUCUAGGGUCAGAGGGCGCGACUGAUAUUCGACGAGAUGAAAUCGGGUAUCUGGAUUAUCAGAUUCUGCAAUGGUACAAACAGGUUCCAGAAGAACUGAAGUUCUAUCCUGUCGAGUCUCCCAAGACUGGAGACACUGUAAGCAGAGGCAUGAGACGACUAAGGGUUCUCUUGUAUCUGCGAAUGAACCAACUCCGAAUUCUGAUCUACCGCCCCGUCCUCCAUUCAUCUGCUAGCAUCGCAGAAGACCGUGGUCACGCCCAGACUGUGGUGGAUGUAGCCAAGGACACCGUCCGAGUGCUCACCCGCCUUAACCAAAUGUCCGAUAUUUAUCGUACACAGCAGAUCACCUUCAACUACUUCCUCGUUGCUGCAUUGGCAGUCCUCUUCCUCGCAGUUUCUCAUGCGCCAGCCGACUUCAACCGACAAGUUCGCGAUGAAUUCUACAUGGCGCUCGAUCUGAUCAACGGGUUCAGUACUAAGUCCUUUGUCUCCAAGCGACUAUGGAAGACCAUCAAGGGCCUCCGAAAAAUCGGAGAAAAGCUCGGAGUCUUAGCUCGACCUUUCGGACCAGACUCGAAUGAUCCUCAUUCAAGUGCAGCGGUAGCUAUGGCCGGCCUCGCAGGGCAUCCGAUUGAAGACCUUUCAAUGUACGGGCAAAUGAAUAACAGGAAUGAGCUUGGUAGUAGUCCUCUCAAUGGUCUCCAGAUGAGCCAUGAGUUGACGAAUCUGUUUGAGGCUGUUGGUGCCUUUGGAAACUUCAUUCCUGGCACCACUGGUCCUGAUACUAUCGGUGGCUUUGUUGGGACAGAUGGAGAGAUUCAAAAUACUGGUGAAGGUCUAUCAGGUGUUUUGGGAGACGAGGGGGAGUUUGCCCGGGUCAUUCGUGAUCUGUUUUGA